UCAAAAGCAAAAUUUUGCAGGUGCCUAAAAUAAAUUAAAAAGUAUUCUUAUAAAGUAAAAUAAAGAUUAAUAGAAGUGAAAAACAGGUGUACCAAGACUUGAAUUAUUUCAAAAUGGAAUUUAGCGAAGUGGAAAGUCAUUGUUACUACACGCAUACAUUCAAUAUGUUGCGAUAUGUUGAUUGUUAUAAAUGUGUUAAAGAUAUUUUAACUCAAAGUAAAGAUAUAGAAGUACCAAAAGCACAUUCCAUAAGGGAACUCAUUGCUAAUUCAGAUGAGAUGGGAUUGAGAUUUCCAAAUGAGAGAUACCGAUUGAGAAAUCAACCGCCAAGUAGUCAUCCUUCAAUUGAAGAAGAAGCCUCAUCAGUAUAUCCAUUCGUAUUUGAGAAUGUUUUUGUACUCUUCUGCAGAUUUCUUGAACAUAAAUUGAAAUAUGGUUCCGAAAUUGAAAAAAGUAUUUAUUCAGGAAUGAAAAUUGAAGAUUUUGUUGAGAGAUUGCUCGUGAAGAGAUGUGUUUCAUUUUUUGGCAAAAAGAAUCGCUUUCUUUUGCGCACAGGAGAAAUUGGGAAUGAUAAUUUCAAAUUAAUCGGAACUGAUGACGAAGAACCACCUCUUGUAAUGAGAGACUACCUCACAUUGGAUGAAAUUAAACUUGCCUCCUUCAUAUCAAUUUCAUCCCGAUCCAAAAAUCAAGUUACAAUUGGAAUUUGUAGUUUGCAAUUGGACAAAAAAGGACUCAUGGACUAUCAGGAUAUAAUUCUGGGAAAGAGUCAAAAUUGCCAAGAAAAUGGUUACGGUCCUAAACCGAAAAAAAAUUGUUCAGAAGAAAUGGAAAAGAAUUUUCACAGAAGAUCCCUUUGGAAUGACUUUUACUCGCAUAAAAGCCCAAUAUAUGGGCAUAUUAACAAGAAAGGUGUACAACGCGCUGGAUAUAGAAGUCCAAAAACAUUGAAAAGCUUUGUUAAAAUUGAAGGGACUACCGACGUUUGUGAUUGUAGUGCUUUAGAGAAAAGGUAUUCUUCAAUUAUCUUCCCAUUGCUAAUUGAGAGCAAUUCAAGAGCAAAAAAGUACGGCAAAAUGGCAUAUAUUUGGAUAAAUAGAAAUCGUUUGGGGCUGGAAAAUAUGACACAAUGGCAGGAAGAAUACUUCUUCCGAAUUUUUUCUUCAGUAGCACUAGCAAUGUUUACAAAAAUGAAUUCAGUAUUUUGCAUACAUUUUGAAAAUUUCACGGAAAAUUGCUGGAUUAAGAAUAAUUCUCUCUUGAAUAACAACGAAGUCGACGAUCCGUAUUUUUGGAAUAAGCACCCAAACAAAGGGAUUAUAAUGAGAUUUUCAUCUGAAACCAUCAGCAAUGAUGCUUCACGCAAAGAUGAUGACUAUCUACAUAUUACGACUUAUAGUGCAAGUCCAAAUUCAUUCCCAGGCAAUGAAUAUUGGAUGAAGAAAAUCUCCUCAAACAAGGAUUCAACUUCUUAUCUAGCGAGUCAUUCUUUUAUUGCAGAAUUGCAUAAUCCACUUGUAAAUAGCAGAAUGGUCUCUGGGAAAAAUUUACACAUUGCAAUGGAAUACGAUGGAUUAAUGCAUAUAUCGAAAUAUUCUGCUAGUGAAUUAGAAAAUCGGUAUAAAUACUUCGAGGAGACGUAAACUAUUUACCCAUUUCUCCCCUAUAGGGGAAAAUAGGUGGGUUCGACAUGAGUGAUUGAGGGCGUGGCUUCACACCCCUAAAAGGACUCUGCGCGAAGGACAUAUUUCGCAGAAAAAAAAUUAAUUUCAAGUUUUUUGGCACAUUUAUUUCACAUUUAUUAUUACAAAGAAUAAAAUUAAUUUAAUACGAAGUUUAAUCAUUCUCUUUACCAAAGCAAAGUUAAUUAAUUAAGCAAAGAUAGUAUUGUAGUACACAGACAAGACGUGAAUUAGAUUUUCAUAUUCAUUCUUAUAUUUUUUUAAAUUUUAAUUAUUGAUAAAAAAAAAUCCUUUAGCAAGUAUUCUUGUUAUAAGAAGUCUUAAAAUAUACUACAGUAUGAACAUUUAUAUCGAAUUUUAUACUUUAUUCAAUAAAGAGGGUUGAACCACCGA